ACGCGGCUACAAACGGCGGCCAUUUUGGAUAGGGGAGAGGAAGCUCUCGCUUGGCAGCCAUGGGCUCCGCCCAUUGGAGCUUCCCGGCAACUUUAAAACAGCCGCUUCGUCUUCUGUGCCUGCUGUGUGCGUUACUCCUGUGCUCCUCUGCCCAGCCUUCCUGCAGGUGCCCGCCUCUUCUCACACACGAUAACAGCCCCCAAAGAUAAGCAAAGCAUGAACAACUUGUAGCGUUAGAAGUUGCUGUACAUGGGCACGUGUGGCAGGAGUUCUCAGUUCCUUACCUCUACUGAAUUCCAAAUUUCAACAGUGCCAAAAGCCACUUCUUCACUAAGGACCGGUUUAUACUGAGCUGUGAGGCUGUCAUGGCAUCCGACAAAUUUGUCAUUAAGUGUGGGAACUUUGCUGUUCUGGUGGAUGUUCAUAUUUUGCCCGAAGGCUCCAAUAAAGACACCAGCUGGUUUUCAGAUCAGGAGAAGGAGAAGGUCUGCAUGUGCCUAGAAGAGGUGGUGGUUUCACGGAUCAAACGCUACUUGGAAGCGCGUAAACAGCGUGGUCAGUGGAAGUCAAUGGAAAAUGCAUCAUCAGGUCCUCUGUUCAUUACAGCCAGCAAUUUUCAUAUUACCGCUUACUUUAUGAAGAGAUGGGUUAAUCUCCGUUGUGCUCUAGGGAAGCGUUAUCGUGAGCUACGUAUGUUUCCAGACAAAUUUGUUGUUUGUAUCAGUAAACUUGAAUUUAAUCCAAGUGAUUGGACAUGUGAAGAUGGUGCAUUGAGAGAAGUUUCCAGUGGAACAUCUGAAUACUUUACUGAAUCUGCUGAGAACAGAAAGCUUAAGCUUAGUCUGAAUGAACAGAUAAAGCAAGAUAUCUUGAAGGAAAUUGUGAAAAGGACAGAAAGGGGGAAAAAUAGCACGAGCAAACCUCAAACCAGCAAAGACUCCAAGAAAGUGGAUCUUGGCUCAGUGGGCUUGCAGACAAGGAACAGAAAGAAUGACUGUCAGACUUUUCCCAGUCCUCAAUCAGAAGUGAAAUGGAGGAGCAUGGGACAGCUGAAGAACUGCAUAAAUACAGCUGAGAGCAACUUGGAGUUUCCUGUUUUAGAGCUGGAAAAUAAUGUUACAGAGGAUGCUAGCAGCCAGCAAAAACCUCACCCUGUGGAGCAGUUGGAGUCAAGACUUCUGAGCAAGAAUUCUCCUUGCAGCUAUGAGUCAGCACUGCUAGGCCCAAAUCAAAAUCAAAAAACAACUGAAACACAGGCUCAGCACAAGAGUUGUAGUUCCGAAGACAAGGUAGACCAUUUCAAACAAAUAGCCUCAGUAGAGGCUCCUUUAAUUCCUAGCGACACAAAAAGGAGUAAGUGCAACAAUGAUCAUUUAGGUCUGAUCUUGGAGGAGAAGACCCCACUUAAUUGCAUUGCAUUGUUUUCUAAACAAGACUUAACAGUAACUACAUCCGAUGAAGAGUUAGUUACUUCUGGAAAAAACCUCUCCCAGCCUCUUUCUGUGAAGACAAACCAAAAUGAGCCAGGCACAACCACUGAAGAAUUACCUGUGGUGCCUUCAUCAUCCUAUUUAGAAAUGCAGGCUGUGUCUUCAGGGAAGCUGAUCCAAAAAAGGAAAAAAGAAGGUGAAGGUGGUCUCAGGAAGUUAAAACUACGAAGGCUUAAGAAGCCAUAAAGAGAGAAAUAUCACCUUGAUAGUGUGGGCGGACAGCCAGAUUUGUGUUUGGAAAGCAUAUACAAAAAGUAGGAAGCAAUUUUUAAAAAAUUUAAACAUAUUUUUUAAAUAAGUCAAAAUUAGCUAAAAUUUUAAGUAAUCAGUUAAGGAGGCAUAUUAGCUAUUUGGAACUGUAAGGAAGAUGAUUUUACCUUUUCAUACUAGAUGCAUAAAUAUUGUACAAACCAAAUGUAGUAUUUAGAGAAAGAAAGAUCUCCUGUAACAUAAUAUUUACUGAGCAAAAUUUCAGAUCAGUGGUCAUUUUGAUACUGUUAAAAAGUCCUGACAGCUGAUGACAGUAUGAGUUCAAAUCACUUUUGUAAUCUCUUAACAGCUACUAUAGUUAUCCAUUUUUUUCCUCUUGUUUCUAAGCACACAGUUUAUUUUAGUAAAAAUUAAUCCAUUUCUGUGUUUAGAAGUUUGUGGUUUAUUCUUAUGAUAUUUACAAGAGUGAGGCAAAUUGAGGUUAUUUCAAAUAAAUCUUUAACAGGAUUUUAAUACUGCUGGUAAUUGAAGGGCCACGUUUUCAGUUGGCUUUGCCUUGCUUGUGCUUGGGCAGUUUUCACAUGAACACGUAUUUCUAAACUGAGCUGUGGAUACAAGUGAUCGUGCCUUCACUGUCUGUAAAAACGUAACACAAAAGUGCACUCAUGUUUGAAAAUCAGCCCUUGUUGGUGUGUGAGGACACCACAUGGCACUUUUCAGGUGUUAGAAAUCUGGAGUUUUUAAGACAGAGGUAAUUUUUAACUGUUCAGCGCAUUUUCAUACUCAUUUUGUAACAUGUAUGCUGACAUGCUAUGGAAGUGUAACUUCUUAUUUCGUGUUUAUAUUUUUAAAUGAUUAAAAUAAAAUGGCAAGCAAUUUC